AUGGCAUCAGGUACACCGCCUAAGAUCCCCAGGGCUGUCAAGCUCAUGGAGACGUACGCUAGCGGUCUGGGAGCAGUCAAGCUGGCUAGCAGCGUGCAGGCCCUGAGGCUGCAGGUCAACCGUAGACCCAAAAGGGUGGGAGAGGGGCAGUUUCUCAAGAAUGUCCUACCUCGUCUAGCCUACAACAACCCAGGCAUUCCAUUCCAUGUCACCUACCUCCAGCAAAAGCAGCAAGAGCAAGCGACCGAUGUCUCUGAGCAGGCCGAAUCCAGCGCAUCUGGUUCAGCUGAGAAGAAGCCCAAGAAGGAGCAGCAGGGGUCUGCAGUGAUUACAAUUGAAUAUGCCGGCAUUCCUGCACGUCAAAUCCACUUGGGCGACAAGCCCUCUUCGUCCAUCUCUCGAGAGCUGCUAGACCUAGCCAGGUUCACAGAUGAGGCCAUCUACAGCCAGUCGAGCAGCAGGAGGGCAGCGAGCAAAGCAACGAGCUCGGGGGCUACUCCAAGGGUGGAUGGUGGUGCAGCUGAGGAGAUCUUAGCACCGGAGGCGAGCGCUUCGAAUUUGGCUGGAAGCGCAGAGGGUCUAGCAGAUGUCGAUGGCGUAGGAGCGAUAACCUCGAAGCAGUAA